AUGGACGCUUCGAUAAUUACCGUACAGGCACAGUACUCUUUCAAGGGGUCGAACAACGAUGAGCUGUGUUUCAAAAAGGGUGAUAUCAUAACAUUAACACAGCGGGAAGAAGGGGGCUGGUGGGAAGGAACCUUGGGCGACAAGACGGGCUGGUUUCCAAGCAAUUACGUGAAGGAAUAUGUUGGGCCAUUACCGUUGUCCGAAACCAUACGGCCUCCGGAGGAAAUACAGGCGUUUCGAUCGGUUGUCUUCCGUGAUUUGCUGGAAAGUGAGAAGGCGCAUGUUGCUGAAUUGCGAGGAUUAGCUGAAAACUUUCUGGAACCACUGGAGCCCAGUCAGAUACUCUCUUCCAACGAAUACGCACAGUUAAUGUGCAACUUUCUCGAAGUGGUUGAAAUGCAUGAGGAAUUUUUGCAAACUCUGGAGGACAGCAACGAUCGUGUCGGGAAAGUGUUCCUGUCGAAAGCACCAACGAUGAAGAAAAUACACCAAUUCUACUGUGCCGCCCAUCCCCGUGCCAUAGUAAUAGUUGAUAAGUUUCGUGAGGAGCUGAAUGUGUUCAUGGAAAAACAAGGUGCAGCCAAACCGGGUCUGCUGGUUCUUACCACAGGCCUUUCGAAGCCCUUUCGUCGUCUAGACAAGUACGCCGCCAUACUUCAGGAACUCGAAAGACACAUGGAAAGCGGACAUCCGGACAGGGGAGAUACCCAGCGAAGUAUUGCCGUGUACAAGGACAUUGCUUCGUCCUGUUCGGCUACCCGUCGACAGAAAGAGCUAGAGCUGCAGAUAUUGACCGGACCGGUACGCGGUUGGCAGGGUGCAGAAUUGAGCUCGCUCGGAGAAAUUAUACACAUGGGCAGUGUAGCUGUUGGUCCGGAACAUAAGGAUCGAUACUUGGUGCUAUUUCCACAGACGUUACUGAUAUUAAGCGUAAGCCAACGAAUGAGUGCUUUCAAAUAUGAAGGAAAGCUUCCGCUGACGGGAAUAACGGUGAAUCGUUUGGAUGAUACAGAUCAGAUUAAGAAUGCGUUUGAAAUCAGCGGUACACUGAUCGAUCGCAUCGUAGCCGUGUGCCAAGGUCCCAGUGAGGCCAACCGAUGGGUGGAACUGCUUAGUCCCAAGUCAGGCGUAGUCGAACAGAGCGGUACAGGAGCGGUGGACAUGAAGCGCAACGUUAGCAGCUCAGCAGUUAAUAUUCCUCAGCCUCCACCACAUGGCAGUAAACAGUUAGCACUCGAUUCUCGUGGCUACAGUACUCGUGUAUCGGUAUGUGCAUAUGAUGACGGUGGUCAGUGGCAUCGAAUGUAUGGUGCCGAUUUUGAAGCAACAUUUCCCCCUUCGAACUACCCGCCUACCGCUCCGUACGCUGAGCUGACCAGCUAUUUUCGGCGCCUCUUCCGUGCAGGCGAACUGUCACGAUAUGUCGUUCAAGCGUUACUGUACCCUCAAGUAACACGAACCUAUGACAGGAAAGAGGUCGUAAUGAGACGACGACGACACAAAACUACAGUACGGAUGCAACGACGUGAAAAGGAAGCAGCAGCACGUGUUGCUGCACCGGAACACGGUGAAGUUGAGCCUAAAUCUGCAGAACAGCUACAGACCAGAAAGGAUGAAGCGACGGCACAGGUUGACGAAGAGCAUUGCAGUCAACUAACACAUCGUAGAUACAAUUCCAGUGAUUCAGAGUCCUCAUCGUGUGCAUCGUCUACCUGUUCCCGAAGUCGUUCAAAUUUUGAACGCCAAAAUGCUGUGGACUACGUAGAAGAUGAUGACGAUGCGUACGAAACGAUAACAUUUUUUGCUGGAAAAAGUAAAACGAAUCCGGACAGCUGUUGUGACGGCAGCACAGUGUAUGAAAGUUACGAUGAUCCACACUCUACCGAUGGUGGUUCUUUUACGUACAGAAAAGAUGGACGGAAGACUUUAUCGCUAGACUCCGAAAAAGGAGAACAGUCACAGUCAGACAGUCUGCCGGAAGAGGAAGAGGAGCAGGCGGGUUGUGGAAAUGACAGAACCCGUAGUUCAGAAAUGAUUGGUUCCGCUGCUGUACCAUUUCUGCGGUUAAAUGACUGUGAAUCACUCAACAGUUCCGGUGCGCCCGAUAGCGCUCGAUCAAACGCUGGACGAUCAUCGGGAAUCCAUACAUCCACGGCAAGAUUGCUUCUGGGUGAAUUGAAACAGCAAUGCUCUGAACAGUCGCAACUGUCCAGCUUUGAACACCGGCCUGCCCACGGACGAAUGGCUUGCGAAAAUUUGCUUAAUCUCGACGAGUCGAUGCAAAUCAAACACUCACUGCAGCAGAAAACGAUCACCGAGGAACGCCACAGUAUGCCAACGUACUUCGUUGGCAAUCGCUUCAACAACUCGUCCGUGACCGAAAUAUACAUUCCUUCGUGGAAGGACGAAUGCCAGGCUGGAGAUGGACAGGGACCCACGACGACAUCCAACAUCACAGCUGGUGGCGCGGGGAGUACCGAUCGUAACAGUGUACAUUCCAGUUCGCUAGACAUACCCGCCAUCGUUCCCGCACCCGAUCCGGUAACGGCCGAGUUGCUGUACAACUUUCCUAUAACCGCCACAACUUCGGUAUCUGUCGGUGUAGAUGAUCGACCGGUGCUUGACAAUAAUGUGCUCGGAUGUUUGUCUCGGGAGCAGUCACCAUUCCGUAAGCAUUCAAUAAAUUCUGAUAAAAAACUUGUGCUAAAUCCAAAUCAUCGUAGAAAAGACAAGGACAAUUCGCAGGAUGCGAGCAAAGGACCGGAACCAAGGUUAGGACAAUGUGGUCCAGAAGCUCCAACAUCAACUGCCAGACGUUGUCUAAGUUAUCAAUAUGUAGAACUGUCCGGAAAAGGCAUUCCUCCGUUACCAGUCAAGCUGCUUGAUUCCAACAACAAUUGCUCCGGUGGAGAUAAAGGAAAGCUCGACAAAGGUGUCAAAACCCGUCGUGAGGACGAUUUAGAUCACAUAUCGGAUGGAUAUCACCCAACCUGUCCGGAUUGUUCGGAGCAUAAGUGUCGCUAUUGUAGUUUCUAUUCCCGCGGCCACAGUCCUCAUUCGAGCGAUUCAGGUAUGGCCGGUAGUUGUACUAUCUCCACGCCAGAUGGGCCCGCUAAAUUUUCCGGUGAUUUUCUUCUUUGUGAUUAUGCAGAGCAGCGUACAGUGGACGAGGACGCUGGCCUUGCACGGAACGAUGUUGUUGCCGGGAUGCUGCACGAACGAGAAAUCCGCGAAGAUGUUGUCGAUGGCGUCCCUGCGGGUGGUGUGUUUACGGGCGCGAGUCGACGUUGUUCGCACUCGUUUGCAUUGAGACAGUCCCGCUCAAGCCACAAUUUGGGUCGAUUUGCGCUCGUUCAUGAGAGUGAGUUCGAUUUCACUGAUAGUGGGCAAUACGAUCACCAUAAUGAUCAGCAUCCUCAUGAUAAUUCUCAGUCUCAUAGUGGGCGGCAAGGUUCGGUGAAGAAUAAAUCGCCUGUCGCUAGCGGUGAUAGUACAUCGGUAGAUGUGGAACCGUCUCAGGACGCGAACAUAUAUUCUCCGCUACGUGAACAUUCAGGACACGAUCGGACGGUACGAAGUCGUAGCGAAGAUCGUAUGUUAUCAUCAUUCUCAUCGUUGGAUAGAGAUGACGGCACAAGCGAAGAACCGCGCCACUAUUCCGGCCGUAGUUGCAUAGUGGUAAAUCUGCACGAUCGCUCUUCGGCAGCCGCCAUGCGACGCGUACUAACGCAAUCGACUGUACCGCCGUACGGCGAAACUACAGCAGAUAGAAUCACCUACAAAACCGGCCUUUAUGCACACUGGUGGAAGAAGGAGAAGUUACCGAUAUUUGUCGUCACGAGCAACGAGUCACUGAAAUUGCCACCGGCUUCUGGGCCACUAUCACGGCCGCUGCCACCACCACGGGUUCUACGGAUCGGUGAUGAUAGUAAAUGUAGAUGUACUAGAAGUAGCAAUCCUACCACGUACAGCCAAGCGGGCGACAUUCCUUCCGAUGGUGAUGGUCUGUUACAUCGUCCCAAUAUUUCGUCUAAUGAUGGAGCCGCUCGGGGUUCAGAUGUCACCACCGUCAACAACCGGAAACAGCCACCCGUCGCGGAGCGGAACGUCCAGCAUCGUGCAGCACAUGUCGCAACACAAACGCAGCCAAUCGUUCAACCACCAUCUGAGUUACAAUCAAGUUCAGCAGCAACAGCAGCUCCAACAACAGCAACUAAAGCAACAUCAACCGAAUCCAAGUCUGUUAGCUUCCCCGAACUCCCUGAACUUAAACCGUCACGAAGCAAACCAAGCGGGACUAAACCAAAAAGGUUUUUCGGAAAAAGUUGGAACAUAACAAACUUAAGACCGGCACCUUCAUUGCGUCCAGCAUUUUUGAGCUCGGUUGCCGUCAGCAGUGCUGGUGGCGCUGCCGGCGGCACGGGGGGAGGACGCAGUGCGACGGCGAGCAGUUUGUCCUUCAGUUCAAGCUCCAAGGUGUCACCCACUUAUGAGGAGGAUGCACUAGUCCUACGCGUCAUUGAAGCAUAUUGUGCCGCUUACCAGAGCACCUCACGCAACACGAUGCACUCAGCACUGCUACCAUGGACACCGUGUUUGCCAAUCCGUGGCGGAAAGCUGAAAACGAGCAAACACUUUUCCUCGUCCAAUCCUCAGCUACCCUUCACUUGCUCCUCAUUGUCAUCCUACCUUCCGAGUGGUGGCGGUAUCAAGAACAGCAGGACACACACAUCAACCAACAGCAUUAACUCGUCACACAUCUGGCGUGAAGCAAGUCCCAACAGUUUCAAUCUUUACGCCGCAUCCAUCGCGACGCUCAACAUGCCAAACGGCGUGCAGCCGUCACAGCAGCAACAGCAACUGCACCAGCAACAGCAGCAGAACCAACGCGCUCGGUAUUCGAUCGGUGGUUACGGAAGUACCGAGUGGCGCUCCCACUCGGAAGAAUCUGGCCGCAGUGCGAACGGUGGGCCGCGCUCCAUAAACACGCUUAAGACUGCAUCACAGUCAAUAGCCUAUCACAAUCCGAUCGCACGGUCCGGCUCGAACUAUGAUAACAUUUUCAUGAACUCCAACACUAACACACCGCUGCUGUCGCGCGUUUCAAAGCAGCAGACCGUGUGGAUGAAUGCGAAUCAGCUGCCAGGUGCAUCGAGUUUAAACCAUGCGUACUAUCAGCACCAUCAUCAUGCGCCGCAUCAUCAACGGCAUCGCCAUCGGACGACGAGUCGUGAAAUAGAUGCGGUCGUCGCUGAUAGAGACACGAGUCCACCACCACCCGCACCGGAAGGUGGCGAAUACAUCGGUGACUAUCUACCGCUAGGACAUUCGUCCACCGGCGUCGAGUACGAUGAAAUGACCCCAACCUUACGGCAACUGUUCAUCAGUGUCCGCCAGCUGCAGCAAGAUAUGGCACAGGUUAAGCUGCAGAUCACCGAGGAACGCACCCAGCGGGGUCAUUUGCAGCAGGUGCUCAUGGGCCAUCUGGAAACGUACGGCGCAACGAACACAAAGUGCUGA